AUGUCCGAACCACGUAUAUAUGGUGAAUAUUGUCAGAUCGAUGGGACGUGGAAAGCAACAGAACGCUGUGCUGGACUCGGAUGGUUUUACAACAACCGAGAAACUGGAGAACAAUUUAUUGGAUCGAGCAAUUUGCGUCGAGGGCUUACACCACUCCAAAUGGAAGUGGAGGCACUGGUUUGGGCUAUGCAAUGCCUGUUUCAGUAUAAUAAACACGUAAUGGUUUUCGAGACAGACUGCUCGGAUGUGGUUAAGAUGGUUUCUAAUCUUGCGGAGUGGCCAGCUUUUUCGAUUCUCCUUGAAGAAGUAGACAGAUGUAGACGAAGGUUUAUCACCUACGACAUCCAUCACAUCCCCAUGACGAAGAGCACGAAGGCAGACAAGGGAUGGGACGGGAAGAAACGGAAGGACCGAGAUGGGACAGGACAAGACACGAAGAAAUGGAAUGAGAUAGGAUGA